CUUAAAACUUCCGGCCUCUUUUAACUAAAUUUAAAUGGAUCUUACUUCUCUUCAAUAAAUAUUUUCCUUUUCAAUUCUCGGUUAUUUGAUUAUCUAAAAAAUGGUUGAAGGAACAUUGGCCAAGGCUUUUAGGGUUGUUGCUGCCACCGUGUUUGCAACAGCUACGGUGGUUUACGGGCAACAAGCGCCGUGUUACUUCAUCUUCGGAGACUCAACUUUCGAUAGUGGCAACAAUAAUAACUUGCAAUCCAAGGCAAAAGUCAACUUUCCACCUUACGGUAUUGACUUUCCCCAAGGCCCGACCGGGAGAUUUACUAAUGGUCGCACUAUCCCAGAUCUUAUCGGUGAACUUUUGGGUUUUAAAGAUUUUAUUCCGUCAUUCGCCGGAGCAUCACCGGAACAAGCGCACACCGGGAUGAACUACGCUUCCGGUGGAGGCGGACUUCGUGAAGAAACUAGCGAACAUUUGGGGGGUCGAAUCAGUCUAAGAAACCAAAUACUAAACCACAAGAAGGCGAUAAAGAAAGCGAAAGUGCCAACACAAAGACUGGAACAAUGUCUCUACGCAAUCAACAUAGGAAGUAACGAUUACAUCAACAACUACUUCAUGUCAGAACCGUACAACACGAGUCGUCGCUUUAGGCCUAGUCAAUAUGCAUAUUCUCUCAUCAUACUCUACCGUGCUCAGCUGAAGAGUUUGCACCGUCUAGGAGCGAGGAAGGUGGCACUUUUCAGCAUCAGUCAGAUCGGUUGCACACCAAAGAUGAUUGCCUCUCAUGGUGGCGGUAAAGGUUGCGGGAAAGAAGUGAACGAUGCAGUGGCAAUUUUUAAUAAGAACCUCUUGGACCUUGUCAACGAUUUCAACAGGAAGGUCAAAGGUGCUAAGUUCACCUACGUUGAUCUUUUCUGCGGUGGAGAUCCUUUAGGUUAUCGUCGUUUAGGAUUUAAGGUUGGAGACAAGGGUUGUUGUACAAUAGCCCCAGGGGAAGAGCUUUGCACACCGAACCAACCGGUUUGUGCAAACCGGUCUGAAUAUAUAUUUUGGGAUGAUAUUCACAGCACCGAAGCCACCAAUAUGAUAGUGGCUAAAGGCUCGUUUGAAGGAAUCUUAACUAAACCGUACAGCAUCUCCCAGCUAGUGAAGGAAUAGAGUUUAGCUUGUAUACAAUAUACAUGAAAAUGACGAAUCUUUUUUGGUACGUAGUUCUUUAACAAGGGAAAGUAAAUGUAUAUAUGUAUAUAUCUAUUUUUUUAGAUGUAAUUCUGAAUAUGCUAUGUUAUCUUCGUAUAACAUAUUGGUGAUGAUGAAUAUGGUGUUGACUCAUAAGGGAAGAACAACAUUGCA